AUGCCGAAAGAACCACCAAACAGUAAACAUAAUUGGGUGAAAGUUGGACUGACAUUGGGCACUGAAGCCUUCUUGUGGGGCUAUCUAAUAAACCAAUAUAACGAAGAUGUGUUAGAGUAUAAAAGAAGAAAUGGAAACUACUGA